AUGGCCAGCAAUCUCGAAUCUACCCUUCCCGUUUCUGCCCUAGGGAGCUGGAUGCAAGAUCUCUACGCCCGAAUCUUCGUCCAGCCAGACGAUGAAAUCUCAGCAAACACCAUCAAAGAGUGCAUAGCAGAAGACUUUACAGCCAGAAUCAACCAUGAUCAUUUCACCCGACAAUCAUUCACAGAUAUCAUCGCCAAAUUCCGUGUCGAUAAUAAAACGACCAUCCACGAAACCAAAGAGCUCCAAUCUUGGGAUGCACCCGAUGGCUCCGGUGCUGGCUGUGUCUCCCAGUAUCUUCGCUUUACCGACUCGAACAAAGAGACUGGCGUCGGUAGCAUGUCUUCUACGUUGCUCAUUGCUAGCAUCAAGGUUGUUGAUGGGCAGAAGAUGCUGGCUGAACUGACAGAGGUGAUGAAGGCAUCUACUUAA